AUGUUCAGCAGAGCGCUUCGGACGGGUUCCCGUCUGGCUGUCGCCAGCUCGCGGACAGCCCAGGUCCAGCAACGAGUAGCCCCCGCCGUAUCCAACUCCAUCAAACGCACCUAUGCCGCCGAUGCAAAGGCCUCGCCCACCGAGGUCUCCUCCAUCCUCGAGCAGAGAAUCCGCGGUGUGCAAGAGGAGGCUGGCCUGGCCGAGACUGGCCGUGUCCUUUCCGUCGGUGACGGUAUCGCCCGUGUCCACGGCAUGAACAAUGUCCAGGCUGAGGAGCUCGUCGAGUUUGCUUCCGGCGUCAAGGGCAUGUGCAUGAACCUCGAAGCCGGCCAAGUCGGUGUGGUGCUUUUCGGUUCCGAUAGAUUGGUCAAGGAAGGCGAGACUGUCAAGCGUACCGGAGAGAUUGUCGAUGUUCCCGUCGGUGAGGCUCUUCUCGGCCGUGUCGUCGACGCCCUCGGCAACCCCAUCGAUGGCAAGGGGCCCAUCAAGACGACCGAGAAGUUCCGUGCGCAGCGCAAGGCCCCUGGCAUCUUGCCCCGCAAGUCCGUGAACCAGCCCGUCCAGACUGGCCUCAAGUCCAUCGACGCCAUGGUGCCCAUUGGCCGUGGACAGCGUGAGCUGAUUAUCGGCGAUCGUCAAACCGGCAAGACCGCCGUCGCCCUCGAUGCCAUCCUCAACCAGAACCGAUGGAACAAGGGCAGCGACGAGACCCAGAAGCUUUACUGCAUCUACGUCGCCGUUGGACAGAAGCGUUCGACCGUCGCUCAGCUCGUCAAGACUCUUGAGGAGAACGAUGCCAUGAAGUACUGCAUCAUUGUCGCCGCCACUGCCUCCGAAGCUGCUCCCCUUCAAUACAUCGCGCCCUUCACUGCUUGCUCUAUGGGCGAAUGGUUCCGUGACAACAAGAAGCACGCCCUGAUUGUCUACGACGAUCUGUCCAAGCAGGCCGUCGCUUACCGUCAAAUGUCGCUGCUGCUCCGUCGUCCCCCUGGGCGUGAGGCCUACCCCGGAGACGUGUUCUACCUCCACUCCCGUCUGCUCGAGCGUGCGGCCAAGAUGAACAACGACUGGGGCGCUGGAUCCCUCACCGCUCUCCCCAUCAUCGAGACCCAGGGUGGUGACGUGUCUGCGUACAUUCCCACUAACGUCAUUUCCAUCACCGACGGCCAGAUCUUCUUGGAAUCCGAACUCUUCUACAAGGGUAUCCGCCCGGCCAUCAACGUCGGUCUUUCCGUGUCUCGUGUCGGCUCUGCCGCGCAGCUCAAGUCGAUGAAGCAAGUCGCUGGAUCCCUGAAGCUCUUCUUGGCCCAGUACCGUGAAGUGGCUGCCUUUGCCCAGUUCGGUUCCGACUUGGAUGCCGCGACCAAGCAGACGCUGAACCGUGGUGAGCGUCUCACCGAGCUGCUCAAGCAGAAGCAGUACAACCCCAUGGCCGUCAGCGAGAUGGUGCCCCUGAUCUACGCCGGUGUCAACGGCCACCUCGACAGCGUGCCCGUCGACAAGAUUGUGCAGUGGGAGCAGGACUUUGUCCAGCACCUCAAGUCGAACGAGCAGAGCUUGUUGGAGCAGAUUGACAAGGAGGGCAAGAUCAGCGACGAGUUGGAGAAGAAGCUCAAGGAGACCGUGCAGAAGUUCACCAAGAACUUCACUUCCUAG